GUAUUUUUUUCGUAGCGGAGUUCAGGUGGACUCUAUUUACACAAACUUUUGCAGGUAACGAAACUAACUACAUCGUUGCGUGUCGUGAAUUAUUCAGUUCUACAUUUUUAGUUUUGGUCACGAAUGAUUUACGAGAUCUCACAGCGAGACGUCGUCACGAACACUAGAUGACAGGGAGAACACACAGGACAACAACGUACUCAUCUAAUGCACCAUAAUUCGAAGACAGACUGUACAACAUGACGGGAAUUAACGUACACCUGCUCGCGGUACUGGUGACCGUUUGUUUAUUUUGUAUUAAGGGAAGCGGCGCUGAUGCCAUCACUGCAGCACAAGACCCAAAAUGUACUUCGCGUUGGUCUGCACUCUCGGCAUCUGAUGACGACGCUAUGGUAGAGAUAAAAUGCAACGACGACGAAGUAAUGACCGGAUGUAAUAGUUAUUUGCCGAACGGUAACGCGGGCACCAGAGACGGCGAGUACAUCAAGGCAGACAGCGGCGGUAAACCGGUGUGCGUGGCACAGAACGGAUACGAAGGAAAAGGGGUGAGGGCAAUAGCACGUUGUUGCAAGUGGCAAGACAUGCAGUGUUACUAUAUCAGAGGAGACAAAUCAGAAUGCACGGAUGACUCAAGGAGUACGGCCAGCUGCGACAUACAGGUUGGCGGCCACAACCCUUACCCAACAGACUGCAUGGCAUACACGAACUGGCGCGAAAUAGAUGGUGCUCUUCCGGACGCUCCCGAUCAAAAAACCGAACUUUCCAGCUUCAACAGUAUGAAGUGCUUCGCUCAAAAUGGAUAUGGUGGUGCAGGUGUAUGGUCUUACGCCGCCUGUUGCAGCGCCCCCGACAUGAUAUGCAAAGAGAAAUGGAGUCCACCAAGUGGUAGUAAGCAUGGCGACUUUGCUUCUGUGACUUGCGACAAUGGUUGGACAAUGACCGGUUGUAUGUCUUAUACUUUCUGGAAAUACAACGAUGGGGCAUAUAUAGAUCAUUUCGAUUUGCAUCAAGACGCAGUCGAGGAUGCGUGCAAGGCUGUGAAUGGUGGAAAUGACAACAGCGUAUGGGCCAUUGCUGUUUGCUGCAAGACCGAGCUAGCCUAAUAAGCUUGUAAUAACAUUCUAUUGACAUAUUUUUCAGUUUAUUCAUGUUUACGGGCCGGGGUUGGUAGAUUGAUAAGCCGAAUAAAGUUAACACAACAUUCGCGA